CUCACAGGCGCACGCACGCUUCGCCAACCCCGCCGGGCCCGGCCCUGCCCCGCCAGCCAGCCUGGCCCCUGAGCACAGCCAGUCUUAGGGACCCCCUCUUCCAUCUCCUCUGCCUGCGGGGGGGCUGGCGCGCACCCCCAGUCUCCGCCCUGAACCCCCAUCACUUCCCCCAUCCCCACCUCCCCACCAGCAUCCUUGUUCCACCCUUCGGGGUUUCCAGGCGCACAGAGCCUGGAGGACCCCUCUGUGUGCACCCACCCUUUGAGAAGGGGGUGACUCGGGGAAGAAAAAGCCAGACCACGUUUCAGCACUUCGGACAGCGCCCCACCUAACGGUCCAUGGCGAGCGUUCAGCAAGGCGAGAAGCAGCUUUUCGAGAAGUUCUGGAAAGGGACCUUCAAGGCGGUGGCUACCCCGCGCCCCGAGAGCAUCAUUGUAGCCAGCAUCACGGCCCGCAAGCCGCUGCCAAGGACAGAAGAAUCCAAGAGCAGCGCCCUGGUUUCAGCUCAGGAUGGACCCUCGGAAAAGCUGAGUGAGCGCCUGGCCACCGAGGCCUCAAGCACCACGGGCCUGGAGAGAAGCAAGGCCUACCGCGAGCUCACCCCUGCUGGAGCACACAGUGCCUCCCAGGACAAAGACAGGACGCCUCCACCAGCCUCCAGGGGGAAGAAGAAAAAGAAGAAAUCUGCCCGGAAGAAGAGAAGGAGGUCCUCAUCCUAUAGCCCAUCACCUGUCAAGAAAAAGAAGAAGAAAAGUUCCAAAAAGCAUAAACGACACAGGUCAUUCUCCAAGAAGAGAAGGCACAGCUCCUCUAGCCCUAAAAGCAAAAAAAAGGAAGAGAAGAGGCACAAAAAACAAUCGCGAAGUCGGCCCCGAAAGUCUCACCGCCACAGCCACCACCGCUGCCCAUCCCGGUCCCAGAGCCUGGAAUCUCAUUCCUCCAGCUGUGAGAGCAGGCACCGAGGCCGAUCCCCCGAGGAAAGGCGGAAGUCCCGCCGAAGGCACUCUGGUCACUAUUCCAAGAGCCUCUGCAAGGUCAUUCCCGAUGCCCAGUCCAGUCGCCCACCCAGUCAGCCCCACCAGCUCAGCUGCCUGUCAGCCAGGAGUAUAAUUUCUGGGUCGGGGUCGGCUGCUGACUUCUUUACCAAAACAGCCAGCCCGCUGGCCAGCGCUCGAGGACGCUCCCAGGAAUACGACUCUGGCAAUGACACUUCCUCGCCACCUUCCACACAGACCAGCUCAGCCCAUUCGCUGGGACAGGACAAAGGGAGCCCCGGUGGGGACCUCAGCAAGAGCCAAGAGCUGCACAGUGGCAACAGCUCGGAUUCAGGGAACUCCUUCACCACCUCCUCGCCCCAGAACAAAGGGGCCACCUUGGAGACUCUCUCUCCCACCAGCAAGGGCAGAGAGGCAAGAAGGUUGCAGUCGCCCUGUCUGGAAUGUGAGGAGGUGAAGAAGUCCACUGUGGUCCGGUCCACAACCAGGGGCUCCCAACUGGAAGGGUACUCCCGUAGCUCCUCCUAUGCCAGCACCCACUCAUCCAGCCACUCCUCCAGAUCCCCCAAGCCCAGAGCCUCCCCCAGGUACACCCGGAGCAGAUCCACCUCCUCUGGAAAAAGGUCCUACUCCCGCUCUCCCAGCUAUUCCUCCAAGUCUGGCAAGAGGAGCCCACCCAGCAGAAGCUCCAGGUCCCGCCGCAGCCCCAGCUACUCCCGCUACAGCCCCAGCAGGGAGCGGGACCCCAAGCCCGGAGAGGACUCGCAGCAGCGGGAUCGUGCGAGGCGGAGACGGAGGUCCUACUCGCCCCUGAGGAAGCGCAGGAGGGACUCGCCCAGCCACCUGGAGGCAAGAAGGAUCACCAGUGCUCGGAAACGCCCCAUCCCCUAUUAUAGGCCCAGCCCCUCUUCAUCCAGCGGCCUGAGCAGCGCCUGCUCCUGGUACAGUGGGGGCAGCAGCCGCUCCCCCAGUCUCAGCUACUCCAGGAGCCGGAGCCGCAGCCGGAGCCGCAGCUGGAUCCGCAGCUGGAGUCGCAGCUGGAGCCGGAGCAGAAGCAGAAGCAGAAGCAGAAGCCGGAGCAGGAGCAGGACCCGCUCAGGCAGCAGCUCCAGCUCCCGCAGCCCCAGUGCAGCCUCCAGGAGCAGAAGCCGGAGCCAGAGCCGGAGCCAAAGCCGGAGCCGAAGUUACAGCUCCGAAGACAGUUACUCCAGCAUGGGGCGCUAAUCCUUGAACCAUCCUCCCCCAGUGCCCCCUGAGGACCCACCAGGCCGGCCUUCUCCUCCUCCUGGGGGACAGCAGACACUGUGGGACUUGGG